AGGAUCAAGAUGGAGGUAAAGGAAGAGCCAGAUCUCGAGGCUGAUCCGCUGCGAGAUUCCCCCCAUAACACUGCUUACGAUAUGGAGCUAUCAAGCCAUCUGGACAUCAAGAUUGAAGAGGAGUGGCUUGACGAAGCAAGGGAAGAACAGGAGUUAGCUCUCUCACACCACAUGACAAUCGAAACCACGGAAGAUAAGACUCCCCAAAAACGACUCUCGCAAAAUAUCGACACAGUACCUGAAAAGAAACCACAUUACAAUAUACAAAGUAAUGCAUCCAGCUGCAGUGUAUCAGGGGUUCAUAUAGACAAGAAUUUAAAAUUAACUUUUACUCCAGUUCAAUUGAACGAAUCGUUAAAUUCUGAGGUGCACACACAUGAAUCGGAAAGGCAAACAAACAAAGCUAUCCUGCCUAGAGCCAACGAAAAAGGAAGUUCUGUGAAGAAGAAAAAGGACAAACUAUAGUUUUAUUAAUAUUUUCAUUUGCACAAGGACCGUCCGAAUUUUUAUAAUAUUUACAGUACUAUUUUGUAUAGUUGGAGCUAAUCUAGUUUUACGUAAUUCCCAUAUAAAAAACAUAACCAAUUAUGUAAUAUAAUGCCCAUUUACUCUCGCUUUGAGAAAGCCCAAGUUAUAGCGUCCAAGGAACAAAUCUACAGGCAGGUAAUUCCACUCCAAUUCCGUAUACUACAUAUAACUAUGGAAGCGUAAAGCCUCGUGCGAAUUUUGGCUGUAUCCACUACAUGAGGGUGGAACCCAAGCCUACGUUCAGUCUCCCGAUGACGGAAAGGGGAUAGUGGAAUGAUUUCAUGAAAUUCCCUUGCUCUGGUCCUGCACUUCAACCCCUGUCUCGCCAACAACAUCGCUGAUCUCUAGUAUUACAUCUUUGUCCCCGGUUCCCAACACUCGAGGGCAGAAACCUCAAACUACGUGUCUCCACACUUUCUACUACACUCUCAACGUUUUCAUAUUACUUUUUAUUUAGGAAAGUAUUGUUUACUUUGUAAUUCUUAAUUUCGUAGUUCUUUAUCUCUUCAAAACAUCGUAACUCGACAGGGUUUACCUUAAUCGUUUGGAUAUAAGGUUAAUAAUAAUAAUUGAAGUUACCUUUUACGUGGUUCAAAAACGUAGUUCAGACGCGCACACGCGCACACACAUACCCGCACACACACACACACACACACACACACUCACGCACACACACCCACGCGCACACACACGCACACAC